AUGCCAGGAAUGGUCAGUAAAAACCCAGACCUCGAGUUCGACUCUUUACAGCCUUGUUUUUACCCGGACGAAGAUGAUUUUUAUUUGUGCGGACCGGACUCCGCUCCUCCUGGGGAGGACAUCUGGAAAAAGUUUGAGCUGCUGCCCACCCCUCCCCUGUCUCCCAGCCGGGCUGGGCUCCAGGAGCACCCCCCGGGGGGAGCCUCGGUGCCGUGGGGACGGGCGGCCCUGGGGGGCUGCCGCCCCGCUGACCCCCUGGACUGGGCGUCCGAGCUGCUCUUGCUGCCCCCCGAGGCCGACCUGUGGGGCGGCUCGGACGGAGGGGACUUCUUCGAAACAGGCCUCAGCGUGACCAACAACCUCAAUUCCAUCAUCAUCCAGGACUGCAUGUGGAGCGGCUUCUCUGCCCGCGAGAAGCUGGAGCGGGCGGUCAGCGAGAAGCUGCAGAGCAAGACGCCUGCUGCGGCCGUCCCGCCGCCCCCGGGGGCGGCAGGCGCCGCCGCGGGCAGUACCGCCGCUGGCAGCGGCCGCGGGGAACUACCCGGCGCCGUGCCCGAGUGCGUGGACCCAGCCGUGGUUUUCCCUUUCCCCGUCAACAAACGGGAGACGGCGGCGGGCCGCGCUGGCACAGUGGUGGCCGUGGCAGCGGCGGGCGGCGGGACUCUGCGGGGCGGACGCCCGCCGCGACCCACCGGAGACAGCCGGGCCAGCAGCAGCUCCGGGGACGACACCCUCAGCGACUCGGAUGAUGAAGAUGAGGAGGAAGAGGAGGAGGAGGAAGAAGAAGAAAUAGAUGUUGUGACAGUGGAGAAAAGACGCUCCUCCUCCAACAAGGCUGUUACCACCCUUGCUGUUACAAUGCGUCCUAAAAAUACCACUUUUCCAACAGUCAGGACACAGCAGAAUGAACUGAUUUUAAAGCGCUGUGCACCAAUUCACCAGCAGCAUAAUUAUGCCGCUCCUUCUCCCUACAUGGAGACUGAGGAUGCUCCACCACAGAAAAAGUUAAAAACCGAGGUGCCCCGUCCAGUAAAGCCCACAAUCCAACCAAAGUCUAAGAGUUCAAGUCCUCGAAACUCUGAUUCAGAGGAUAGUGAACGUCGACGCAACCAUAAUAUCCUGGAGCGUCAACGGCGUAAUGAUCUACGGUCCAGUUUCCUCACAUUAAGGGACCAUGUUCCAGAACUGGUUAAAAAUGAGAAAGCUGCAAAAGUUGUGAUCUUGAAAAAAGCCACUGAGUAUGUUCAUUCCCUUCAGGAAGAGGAGCAGAAGUUACUGCUAGAAAAGGAAAAAUUACAAGCCAGACAACAACAAUUGCUAAAGAAGAUAGAAUACAAGCGGACUUGCUAA